UAGCCUUAUCGGGGCUCCGCGGAUGUGGAUGUAAUCGAUUAUUUAGCCGUGUUACACAUCAGACCAUGAUGAUCAAAUGAGGGAUCGUACGCGAAGCCAAAAGAUUUUCUCCGGACGAUGCUCCUUCUUGUUGACUAUCUUCCUGGGCAAUUGCCAGAGCCAUGCAGAUCAGCUUAGUUACUGGGUCACUGGUGGCGAGUUGUAUGCUUUUGGUUUAUGACUGGGCUUGCACACUCGACCGGGAGGUAGACUAUGUCUGGUCACAUCCCCUAUCGUUUAGCGCGAUGCUAUUCUUUCUGAAUCGAUAUCUACCCUUCGUGGAUGCAUUUAUCUCUAUGAGCUUAUCAUUUACUCAGAACUCUCCCGAGAAAUGUGUUAGACAUUUCAAAGUCAUAACCUGGUUUACGGUGGUGGGCAUUCUUCUGUGUGAAGUGAUUUUGAUGCUGCGAACAUAUGCUAUCUGGGAGCGGAAAAGAUCAGUCAUGAUCGGAUUUAUUAUACUCAUCUUGGUUGUGGCCGUCCCGUCGUUUGUGUUCACGGGCCUGGAGCUCAGCUCCCUUAUAUACAGAAAAGCGGAAAUAGGAUGUCGUCUGAUUCAUGCGAGUCCCAUCAUCAUGGGAGCAUAUCUUUUGCUGCUGCUCUGUGAAACUGUCAUCGCGGUGCUUAUGCUAAUAAAAGCAAUACGGCAUUUACGACCGCCAUAUUCGCCAUGGGUUGCGAAGUUGUACCGAGAUGGAUUAUUGUUUUACCUGUAUCUUCUCGGUCAGCCUUUUUUUUAUCUUCAUAUAUCGGUAUAUGACAAACAUGCCCUGUAGUCCUGUCCUUGGCUAAUGUCGUCAUUCCGAUACGCGUACCUUCACUCUCGAAUUGGCUCGCAACGUGUGUCCUUGCACCCUGCCCAUAUUUUGCUCUUUAUGACGCGCAUCUGCAGACCUCAGCGUGUCUUCCAUUCCAUCUUUUGUACCCGCAUACUCUUGCUGAUCAUGAAACAACGCCGUCCACCAAGCUCACCCAUCUUAGAUAGCACGGAUUUGACGAUUUUUAUGCCUCGCUCUGAGGCAACAGACUCAUCAGCGCUGGCUUCCUCCUCGUCACCAGCAUGAUUCUGACUAUCACACGAUUAGUUAUUUUGUAGAGGCUGUAGCAUAGUCGUACUCUGUAGCUUUAUCUGCUUUUGGAUUCAAGAUCGGUCCGGAC